GAUAUCAUAUGGUAGAAUAAAUGAUACUCUUUGUUCUUCUACAAGUUGUGAACAACACAAAUGUAGUUUUCGUUGCGUUCUGUGCGUUAAUAUCGUGUUAAAAAACAAUGUGAUAAGUGAACAAGGGUUGAAUUUUAUAUUUUUUAUUAUGUAAUUGUUUAGUUUGUUUUGAAACUUCUGUAAAUAGAAAUUUUUAUUCGCUUUUAAAAAAAUCAUGGGUGAAGGAAUAUCAGAUGAAUCAUCUUGGUUCGAACGAACCGCAAAACUCAUCCGCGAAAAAUUUAAAUCAAAAAAUAAAGACUUCGAUGAUAGUCUUGAAACCGAACAAGAAUACAAAGAACGAUGGCGAUCAAUUUACAUAAUUUAUUUCACAAUGUUUUUAAUUUCUUUAGGAUUUAGUAUAAUAGUCACAGGAGUAUGGCCAUAUUUGGACAAAUUAGACCCAACUGCUGGAAAAGAAUUUAUGGGCUACAUCGUUGCGGCCAAUCCUUUUGGCCAAAUGCUUUUUUCUCCUUUGGUGGGCUGGUGGAGCAACCGAUUGGGCUCAAUUCGGGUCCCUUUACUGUGUUCAUUGGCACUUUUCACGACAUCUAGUGCAAUUUACUCCUCGUUGGAGUUGUUCAAUGACUAUAGGAAGCAUUGGAUGUUGUGGACCAGGUUUCUGGUGGGAGUUAGCUCAGCCAAUAUAGCAGCUUGCCGAUCGUACCUUUCCGCCGCCACUCGAGUCUCCGAACGCACCACCGCCGUCUCGAUGAUAUCCCUAGCCCAAGUCCUGGGUUUCAUCGUGGGUCCAGCGAUCCAAGCCGCUGUGGUACCAUUGGGAGACGAUGGGUUUUGGCUAAUCCCAAAUCGACUCAGACUGAACAUGUAUACAGCUUCGGGCUGGAUAAACGUAAUCUUCUCUCUCUUCAACAUGUACCUCUUCCUUCCACACGUGUUCAAAGAGCACAAAAUCGCCGGGAGAGAAGCCAUGUUGAAACAGGGCAAAGACAACGAACGCGACACGUGGAAACAACACCGGCCCGAUUAUUUCGCCACGUGGACUCUAAUCGUGGCAUUUUUUGUGAUCGUUUUCAAUUUCAUGUUGUUGGAGACACUUGGAACGCCGGUCACCAUGGACCAAUUCGCGUGGUCGAAAGCAGCCUCCCUUAAAUAUAUGGGGAUUUUGAUGUCAGUGGGGGCGGUUUUGGCAAUAGUCACGUUUGCGUCGAUUUCACCCCUUUGCAAGAGGUUUUCCGAAGUGAAAGUCAUGAUUUGGGGUGGGUUUUUGUUCAUGGUUUUGGGCCGAGCGAUUUAUAUCCCUUUUAAUAACGAUCCGCCACAAAUGUACGAUUCGGAUUUGAAACUGAAUCUGACUCUAAUCUGUGAUAAAGUGUUAUUUAACCGAACUGUGGAAAAUUAUGAUUUUUCUACGUGGACGAUAAAAAAUGAAGGAAAUGUUAGAAAUGUGACUUUGAAUUGUGGGGAAGAUCUACUUGGGUGUCCUUCAAGCCAGGAAUGGUGCACUUACACGCCUGCUAUGACCUUAACUCAGUUCAUUAUUGGCUACUUCCUGACGGCCUUUGGGUACCCAAUUGGGGUGACGCUGAUUCAAACGAUUUUCUCUAAAUUGCUAGGGCCGCGACCUCAGGGAGUUUGGAUGGGUUUAAUGACGGGUUCUGGGUGUUUGUCACGGGUCAUGGGUCCAGUCUUUGUCACCUACAUCUAUGAGGAAUUUGGUACCAUUUGGACUUUUGGUUUGACCACAGCCAUGAUGGUUGUUUGUCUAUUGUGGCUUCUUUACUUUAAUAAAACUUUAAUGCCUACUGAAAUUCACACUUUUGAAGGUGAAGAAUUGAAAGAUAUUAAUGAUAUGGUUACCGUUCCCUUAAACGAUAAAGCACAAAACGAAUGAUUUUUUUAAUUAUGGGGGAGGGAAAUUAUGUACUACACCAGGUGAACAAAAAGUAUGAAAUCAAGCGUUUUUUACAUUAACUAAUUGAUUAGCAUUUUAUGGAAUAUGAUAAAAAUGUGAUUGUUUUUCAAGAAACGAUUUUUCCAAAUUUUAUUUAGUUUUCGAGUUUUGCAAAAUUAAUUUUUUU